AUGUCUAAUACUUCAACGAAUCCGACAAUGGCGGGAGGUAAUGGCAGAGAUGUGGGUGAUGUGGUCUUUCGAGCCCUAACCUCCUUCUCUGGAACCUUCUCACCAGAAGCAGUUCGAGCUGGUUUAUCUGGUCCUCGUGUUGGUGGUCCGCCAUCAACAAUCUGGAGACGGGCCAGUAUGAACCACUCGAACAAUGAUGGGUCUUACUGCCUGUAUGUGUGUGAGAGGACGGGAGAAGCCAUGUGGAUACCAAAUGGAGAAUUCUUUGUUGCCAAUAGGCCACAAGGAGUUGAGGGUGGUAGAGGUAGUCUCAUGGACUACCUAUUGAGAGACGGAAGACAGGCGGUGAGACCCAUCGGUUAUGGAUUCCAUCACACUGGUCGUAAUGCUUCUGGAGAGAAUGGGAACAUUCGUCGACCCAGAAGUACGCAUGCCAGUGUGAUGAGGAGAGCGGAAACGAUCAGAUUGCACCGGCACAAUCCUCUGGUUCGUGCAGAACCAGGUGCAGUCGGUACCGGGAAAAGGCGGACUGUUGCCCGAAGAGAGAGACGAGAACGCGCCCAUGAACUCCAUCAUCCCACGACGUCUCCACCAUCACCACCAACAACAAUAACACCACCAACAUCAUCAUCAGAAUCAGUGGUGAUGGAAGACAAUAAGCAACAGUGGAAUGAUGGAGAGGCCAUCAACUCAGCCACCUACCCACCUCAACGCACCAUCAUCGUCUACAAUAGCAAUAUGGGCAGUAAUCACAACUGUCAAGAAGCAUCGAAAAUGGCCACUCUCAACCUCUCGGACGAUGAAUCCUUAUAA